AUGAGUGGGGUGGUUCAGCUUGCGUCUCAGGUCUUCCAUGUCAACAACUUCCCUCAUCAACUGUUCUCAGAAGUUGCGGAAAGCAAAAUCUUUCUCCUGCACUCCACGCCCAAGCACGCCCUCCUUCAAGCUGCUUCCGCCUCCUCCGCUGCGGAUUAUUACGGGCAAUGGGUGGAUGCAAAAACGAAGCAGAAAAGACGGAGAAUUGCUGGAAUAGAUCAGGAUGAGUUACUGGAUCCAACACUUUUGGCUGAUCCAGACAGUUGUUUUUGUGAGUUUAAAGGGGUUACGAUACACCACAAGGUAUGUGAUGCAGACCCACAAGCACACAACCCAUUAGAGAAUCAAGCUCCUUCUCAACUUGCCAACCAAACUAAAAUAAUUGGUUUUCCUAUGAUUUUGUUGCACGGCUUUGGAGCCUCUGUUUUCUCGUGGAAUCGAGUUAUGAAGCCUUUGGCACAAGUCACUGGUUCAAAAGUCCUUGCCUUUGAUAGACCAGCCUUUGGGUUGACAUCAAGGGUGAAUUUUUUGGAGCAGUCUUCUCCUAGUUAUCAGGAUACAAGGCCAUUGAAUCCAUACUCCAUGGCAUUUUCUGUGCUCGCAACCUUGGGCUUCAUUGACUUAUUAGCAGCUGACAAGGCAAUUUUAGUGGGGCAUUCAGCUGGUUCUAUUGUAGCAGUUAAUUCAUAUUUCGAAGCUCCUGAACGUGUUGCUGCUCUGAUCCUUGUUGCCCCAGCAAUUCUUGCCCCACUUUCUGUGUGCAAGGUUACUAAAGGAAAUAGGUUGCUGAAAGUUGAAGGAAAUCAGUUGGGAAGAGAUGACCAGAUCCAAGAAGGUAGCUCAAAUUCGAAUAUUCAUGAGAAUCCAUUUAUCAGGGUUUGCAAGAUUUUGUCGAAGUUCUCUAAAUACAUUGUCCGAGCAAUAGCACAAAUGAUGAAAAGGACAGCAAAUAUGCUCAACUCUUUGUAUAAGAAGGCAUUAUCUGCAAUCCUGCGCUCUGCUUUUGCUGUAAUGCUGGUGAGGAUGAUUAUUGAUAGAUUUGGUAUAGCUGCCAUUCGAAAUGCAUGGCAUGAUUCAAGUCAAAUCACUGACCAUGUCCUAUAUGGUUACACGAAGCCAUUGAGGACUAAGGGCUGGGACAGGGCUCUGGUGGAAUACACAGCAGCGAUGCUUACAGAUUCUACAUCUGAAUCAAAGCUACCCCUCGUAAAAAGGCUCGAUGAGAUCUCAUGUCCUGUCCUCAUUAUCACGGGUGACAAUGACCGACUUGUCCCCUCUUGGAAUGCUGAGAGACUGUCGCGGGCCAUUCCAGGAUCUUGCUUUGAAGUUAUCAAGCAUUGUGGUCACUUGCCCCACGAAGAAAGGGUGGAGGAGUUUCUUACAAUUGUUGAGAAGUUUCUGCAAAAAGUUUUUAGUGGUCCAGAGAAGCAAGGUAUGCAAGGAGCAAGUUGAAGUGUAUAUUGAAACCAACAAAGAACAGAGAAGCAGCAUAGCAGCAACUUGAAAUCUGCACCACGAUUUAUAUCCCCCUUCUACUUCUAUUUAAAGCAGAUUGGUGGGUGAGAUGAGGAAGGAUCAAAUCUGACACAUACGUAAACACACCUUUGCAGAGAGAAUGUUUGUAGCUUCGAUGAUGAAAAGGCUUACAGAAUGUAGGAUCUCUUUCCAGUAGGUGACGAGGUUUGUGAAGGAAGAUUAGCUUCUUUUUGUCAAUCUGAAAAUGUUUGUAACUGACUAUUACAAUUAACCAAUUGUGAAAGAUAUUAAAAAUACCUUAUAGUAAUAAUUCAAUUGUCUUUGCUUCUAA